AAAGGCACUGGCGCGCGCUUCGCCUUGGAUCUGGGACUCCGUGGACGCUACCUCCAGCUCAGCCUCGCUAGCUCCGCCUGCGGUACGUGCUCCCGCCUCCGACUCAAAAUGCCUGUCUGGGGAGGUGGAAACAAGUGUGGGGCCUGCGGGAGGACCGUGUACCACGCAGAAGAGGUGCAGUGUGAUGGCAGGAGCUUCCACCGCUGCUGCUUUCUCUGCAUGGUUUGCAGGAAAAAUUUAGAUAGUACAACUGUGGCAAUUCACGAUGAAGAGAUCUACUGCAAAUCCUGCUACGGAAAGAAAUAUGGGCCAAAAGGCUACGGUUACGGCCAGGGCGCUGGCACGCUUAACAUGGACCGUGGCGAGAGGCUGGGCAUCAAGCCAGAGAGUGUUCAGCCUCACAGGCCUACAACAAAUCCAAACACUUCUAAAUUUGCUCAGAAAUAUGGAGGUGCUGAGAAGUGUUCCAGAUGCGGGGAUUCUGUAUAUGCUGCCGAGAAGAUAAUUGGAGCUGGAAAGCCCUGGCACAAAAACUGUUUCCGAUGUGCAAAGUGUGGGAAGAGUCUUGAAUCAACAACUCUGACUGAAAAAGAAGGUGAAAUCUAUUGUAAAGGAUGCUAUGCAAAGAACUUUGGGCCCAAGGGAUUUGGCUAUGGCCAAGGAGCAGGGGCUCUUGUUCAUGCCCAGUAAGGUGUAAACCCUGAACUAAACAUCACACACUGAGAAUCUCUUCAUAACCUAGGCACAGAUAAUCUUUAACACUAAACUACUGUGAAAUUCUACCAGCAUUAAGUACUGUAUAUUGCCCUGUACUUGGAUAGGCUGGCUAACUUGUAGGAAGAGAGCACUGUAUCGUAUCCUUUUGCUUUAUUCACCAGCAUUUUGGGGGAACAUUUCUUUUACAUUUUAAAUAAAACUUCAGCUUGA